GGACGCCUACGUAGAGCUCAACUUUUGUUUGGUGUACGUGGUGUUUCGUUGGGCUGAGCCAGCACCAAAAUCUGAAGGGGUUGAAGUCCAGGACGACGAGGUGGAACUGUUGAUCGUGCAGGCUUGGCGGACGAGUACGGAGGGAGAAUUGUUGGGGAUACUAUUCGGCAAGGUUAUGGAAGGUCACCUGGGCGCAAUCACGAACGAGUUGUUGGUGUUUUUGGCGCAGCUGGUGGACGAUUUGCCCCUCGAUAUCCUGUCGAGGUGUGACGAGAAGUCGGGGACUUACGUGCUCCCUCGCACGCUUGCGCCACAUCUGCUGUGGUCCACGUGUACGGAGCUGGACGGAGAUAACUGCUUCUACCCAUCCCCGGGCCUCUAUCUCAAGAUCGACAUCAUCGACCUCACACUGUGGGACCCCUUUAUCCGGCGAGGAAACACAAAAGAAGCCGGUUUCGAAGACGAAGAAGAAGAAGAAGAAGAAGGAGAGGAGUCAGAGGAAGAAAAAUCGGGCACUGAUCGGGACGAUCCCGACUACAUUGGGAUAGAGGAGGAGGAAGAGAAAAGUGGAUCGGAGGAAUCGAGUAGCCAUCCCCCACGAAGCAAGGAGGAGGAGGAAGUUGAAGCUCAACGGAGGCGGGAGAAAGUGGAGGGCAAGCAGCCAGUCUAAGAAUUUGAAAGGCCGCCACCACAACUACUGCUGGGCGAUCCAUCGCUGAAUCCGGAGUC